UUUUUUUUUUUUCUCUUUAAACAGUAUGCCUACACUGAAAGCCAUCUUUACAUCAGCAACCUUUCUUCUUGGUCUUAUACAAUCGACUUAUGCAUCUUAUACUGAACAACCUUUACCUUGUAAUGGCUUCCCAGAGUACAAGGAUCUUCCCGUCAAUUACUUUUUUUGGUUAGGUGUUCAUAAUGCUGGUCUUUCUCCUGAUUCAUAUCAAUGUCCAGAUUCCACUCAAGCUCGACCUGUUACUGACAUGCUUCAAGAUGGUAUCCGGCAUUUGGAUUUGAAUUUAUGUACAAGAAAUGGCGAGACAACGUUGUGUAGUUCUGAUAACAAAGAAACGAACAUCAGUUUUUCAGAUUAUUUGGCUCAAGUAUUUGACUAUGUACGACAAGUAUUCCAACAAGUGGUGGUAUUGAACAUCAACUCGAUAGUGGAUGACCCUGAUAGUGUAGUGACUUUUAAGGAAAUGGAAACCAUCAUUGACCGUGUAUGUAAAACUCAAGCAGAUCGCACAUUGGGAACGAAUGAAUACGAGCAAUAUAAAUGUCCUUUUAUCUAUGUACAACCUGAAUAUACCAUGGAUUGGCCUUCCUUGGGUGAACUGGUUUAUUACGAUCCCGAAACAGCAGCUUGGGAAGGUGAUGGCGAAGAUGUAGGUGUCCAAAGCAAGAUUAUCUUUACCCAUGGUGAAAGUAUUCGACGAAAUGGUGGUGAUAUGUCUCAUUACUUUUCAAAGGUAUUCGCCCGUCAUAGCAACUUUGAUGGCAAACUAUUGGAUGAUUCGAAAUCGAAUGUUCAUACCCUCUGUCAAUCCAAUGGACCUAUUAGUUUACAAGUAUAUAGCGAUCAAUAUAACGAUAAAUAUCAAGCCAGCCAACUCGACGAUAUCACACUUAUAGAAGAUGCCAUACUUUCCAAGGAAGGAUGUGACCUCAACUCGGCAGGUCUCCACGUUUACUUUAACAUGAUUCAGCUCGAUAGAUAUCACCAGAUCCUACCUUAUUUGAAAGACUUGCAGGCACGCAUGAACAAACACAACUAUGCCAAAUACCAAGGUCAGAUCGAACCAGUUCCUCAAUCCACCGAAACGAUGGUAAUCACCAAGAAAAAGGAGAAACGACCAGAGAAGGAUGAACUCUAGUAUAUAGUUUGGCAUUGUUGCUUUUUAUUAUUACUAUUAAUUAGAUUCUUCCGGAAAUGAAAUAAAGAUAAACUUUUUUGACUUUUAAUU